AAAGUAGCACCUGUUGAUACUUUCGAACUUGCAAUCAAAAUGGCGACCAAAACUUCGAAAGUUGGUCGACUAUUACAAAAACAUAAGACAGCGUUUAGUAAAGACAUUGACAUCAAUCGUAUUGUUUCAAAACUUACACAGAGAGGAGCUUUAAAUAAAAAGGAAGAGGAAGUUAUUUUAGAAUGUGGCGAUCAAAAACAAAAAGGAGAAAUUUUUAUGGACAUUUUGUCAGAAAAGGGUUCACGAUUUUUUCAUGAAUUCUGUGCUGUUUUAGAAGAGUGUGCCCCGCAUUUAUUGACAAGAUUUUUAUUAGAUGCCAGUCCAGAUUCAGAUGAAAAGAAACCUACGCAGGCGUUACAACUUGGCUUUGAGUUGGCAUUAAAGGAGCGAGAUGCAGUAUUACGAGAAAAUGCUAAAGCUUUAGAGGAACGCGACCAAGCUAUGAGGAGGGCAAAGCAGUUACAAAAUGAACGUGAUAAAGCGCUGGAAAGUCUAGAAACCCUCACAUCAAAAAGAAACACACCACAAAUAGAAAGACGCUCAGUUUCACCGUCAAGACGGAACAAAGAAAAGCUGAAGGCUGUCGACAGUGACCUUGAAACAGAAAUCGAGGAGAGUUCCGACAAUGUGGUAUGGGAGACACACAAAGUUGCGUUAACCAGGGUACCUGGUUUCGGAUUUGGUAUCGCAGUGAGCGGAGGCAGGGACAACCCACAUUUUGCCAACGGCGACCCAUCUAUAGCAAUCUCCGAUGUCCUGAAAGCCGGACCUGCCGAGGGCAAGUUACAGAUAAACGACAGAGUUUUAAGUGUAAAUGGAAUCUCCCUGGAGAAUGUUGACCACGCCACAGCAAUAUCCGUACUUAAGGACAGUGGUAGUACUGUGAAUCUAGUGAUCAGGAGAAGAAUUGUAUUACCUGCCUCGUUAGAAAAUGAAACGCCACCAUUGAAAGUCUCAUUGACCAAAAGAAACAGAAAAGAUGAAUAUGGUGUAGUGCUGGGAUGUAGAUAUUAUAUUAAAGAAAUCAUUCCAAAUAGCCUAGCAGCUCAGGAAGGUGGUCUUAAAGAAGGCGAUACUGUUUUAAAGAUUAACAACUCUCCUAUAGAAAGUAUAUCAUUAGUGGAUGCCAAGAAACUGUUGGAGAAGUCGAAAGAGAAAUUACAGUUGAUAAUAACAAAGAAAAGAAAUGAAGAUAAAAAGACAGAUGAUGAAUACUCACUCGGUUACGGAACUAUGCAAAGUACUCUUCCGAAACACGCUGAUAACGUGAACGUGUACAAGCCCCGCGGGAACCCUGAGGAGGACCACUACAAGGCUCAGUUCUCGCCUCAGGACAUACCACCGGGGGCGUACCCACCAAAUAGUCCACAUUCCAGAUAUGAUGGUAGAUAUAUUUACGACCAUGAGGCAGUCCCGCCCCGACCUCCACUUCCAACGGGAAUGGAUGAUAAUAAUGGAAUGCGGGCCCGUAGUCCGGUGAAGGACGGUUACUAUAGCGACAGAGAAGAUCUGAAGAGAAGGAAAUCUCACGGUAAUUACGCCACGGUACACGAUGACGCGGACAUGGGUAUUCUACGCAGACAUCACGAAGAGAGGUAUGUAGGAAAGAGAAAAGACAUCAGGCCCGAGCCACGUGCAUGUACAUUUCGUAAAGAUCCCGACCUAGGGCUCGGUUUAAGACUAGCAGGUGGUAAUUUAACAGGGAUAUUUAUAGCAUCGGUGCAACCAGGGAGUGCUGCAGAAGCUCAGGGGCUCACAGAAGGGGACCAUAUUCUUAAGGCAAAUGAUAGGGAUGUAAUUGGUUUAACCAGAGAGGAAGCAGUCACGUACCUGACUAGUUUAGAUGGUACAGUAACAAUGUUAGUGCAGUAUAAAAAAGAAGAUUUUGAUCGGAUUAUGACGAGUCACGAGGCAGGGGACUCAUUCUAUAUCCGCACCCAUUUUAAUCACGAACAACGGGAACCUGGUGAACUGUCAUUUGUUCAAGGUGACAUCUUUCAUGUGAAAGAUACACUGUUUCGAGGAGUGGUUGGUUCCUGGCUGGCCAUUAGAAUGGGACGAAAUAAUCAGGAGACCCAGAAAGGAAUUAUUCCAAAUAAAAAUAGAGCAGAGCAACUUGCUAUUUCGAGUCAGACUACACCCGAGGAAGACAAAGAAAAUUCUCCAUCGAAAGGUCGCGGCCUUUUGUUCAAGAGGAAAGCUGCACGUCGCUCAAAGUCACUGAGCAAAGACCACUGGGAAGACAUGAUCUUCUCCCACUUACAGACCAAGUUUCCAGCAUAUGAGAGAGUGGCCUUGAAAGAUACUGGUUUUGUACGACCUGUGGUCAUUUUCGGUCCCCUUGCAGACGUGGCAAGGGAGAGAAUUCUCAAAGACUGUCCUGAAAAGUUCCAGUCUCCACUGAAUGAGAGUCAGAAGAGUGAAGAGAGGAAAAGUAGAUCUGGUAUAAUACGUCUUGGUGCAAUUAAAGAUAUUAUAAGUCGAAGAAAACACUGCCUUAUAGAUGUAACACCACAUAAUGUAGAUAGACUAAACUUUGCCCAGUUUUACCCCAUAGUAGUAUUCCUGAAGGCCGACUGUAAAACUACGGUGAAAGAAUUGCGGACCAAGUGGGCGAAAGGUUCUAGUAAACACCCAAAGAAAUUGUACGAACAGAGUUUGAAACUGGACAAAUUCUAUCAUCAUUUAUUUACAGGAAGCUAUGCAUAUACAUUACAGAAAGAUGGUGGUGCUAAACCUGAAGAAGACAUCAGCGACGACUACUUAUUCCCGAUGUCAAAUCGGCUAAGUUUCUCCGGGAACCAGGAGAGCGACAGUGAUCUUACAAGAGCUCUAGACGACAUGGAUGGCUCACCUACACAUAAAAAACGAUUUCUAGUCAGAUCUUCGUCGGAUCCGAGUGUGAACACGACGGAUCGUAUACCGGGUAUUCCACCAUACCCAGACCCACCUAGAUACCAUAGAUCUCCUAAACUAUUAUAUGAUGGUCACCAGAACUACCAGGACGUAGCUUAUGAUGACUCGUAUACUCAAAGGUCGGAGGAUAGAUAUUACCCAUCAUAUUAUGCAGAUAAUUACGAUCAUCGACGCACCAACAUCGACCCUUACGCUACCAUAUCACCUGCUGAAAGAUUACGCGGACGAUUGCCGUCGGACCAACAGUGGAAUGAUGGAUAUGAUGACAGACAGAAUCAACAAGCACCAGAUCCGCUGUACUCUCGUCCGUUUCCACGGCAACAUCAGUCAUCUCAUCAACCAUCAUCGCCAACGGUACGAGCCUCACCUUCAUCAUCGCAACCAUCUCAGCCGCAAGAUCAAAGGCAACCAUACAACGACAAUUCCUCCUACUCCAGUGACUCGUUCACAAAAUACACAUCUAAUCCUGCCAAUAAACACGAUGAUUCCAAGUUACGUGAAAAGUUUGCCAAUGUGGGCGGACCUGGAAGACAAAUGGGGCGGAGCAAUGAUCCAUAUAGAUUUACACGUAGCACAGCCAAUAAAGUGAGCACGAGUAACGUAGAUAAAUCAAAACUUUCCGAUCUCUCAGCCAAGUUCAGAAGUGAUGAACGUUUGAAAAUUAGUAGCAGCAGCUUAAACAGUGCCAAAUCUCCGACCAACGGAAGUCCCGGCGGUCCGAGGAAUCCGGGACUUGAACCGUCACAGCAUGGAGCUGGAGACGGUCGAUCAGGAAACCAACGAAAGCAACCACCACCGGUACCUAUUAAGACUUACAACCUAAAGGAUCGGGGAAUUGAACCGGAUGACCAGAAGAUCCGGAAUUAUGAAAAUACAACCAAUCUCAGGGGUUAUGAAUAUCACGAAGGAAAUCCCUACACGCAGCUCCCCCAUCGUAACGGAGACGGACACCAAAAACACAGAAGCAUUCCAAAUGAUACGGAUCGGUUCCCGGAUCAUCCUGUAUCUCCAUCAGAACAUUAUAAAAACGAGGACCCAUAUGAAUGGGUGGCCCCACGAAGGCAACACGCCCCACAGAGGGCGCAAAAUAGAAGUUCCGAUUAUCGGGACGAAAUGCCUCCGCAAGCGCAUAAUCAAAAUGGACGUUCAUUUAAUAAUCAGAUGUACAUGGACUAUUCAGAGUUAAUGAGAAUAAGGCAAGAAAGGGAUCGCGAAAGGGGCCAUCAAGAUUACAACAGUCCCGUUGAACGGCCAAGAACUGAUGAUGAACUUGAACGAUUGAAGAAAUCUCAUCGAAAAUUUUCCAAAUCAACGGGAAACGUUGAUAGAAACGAAAGCUCUGACCGGAAAGAGCGGGAGAAAUUCUCAGCUUAUAAAAAGCUGAUUACCCCGGGUUUCUAUGGCUCAGCAAAACAUGCGUCCAAAUCUCAGGACGAAUUGCGGGAUGACAGGGACAUCAACCAUGUGAGGGCAGGAUCAGGCUCUUCCGACCAGCGGUCAUCGCAAGCGGCAAGUGCUUUUGAGGCCUAUAACAAACCAAUGUCAACUUUUGGCAAGUCAGAACCAAACGGACCAAAAUCAACGACCAUGCAUUCAUUCCCAAGAGAUGGCAGUUCCUCUGAAUUGUCUCCUCUUGAAGAAAAGUCUGAAAAAGAUUCCAUCGGAGAUGAAAAUGAGGCUGAAAAUAGUUAUGAGACAUCUCCAAGGCAACAUGAGCAGUCAUGUGACAAAGGCAGCCAAUCAAAUUUGGACAGUGAUAGGUCACAUGAUCGUGAGAGCCAAUCAGAUACAGGCAGUGUAUCAACACCAGAUACCAUUAUAUUUAGGGGAUUUGAUCCUACGCAAGAUGUGGACGAGAACCAUACGGUGGUGGCAACGGCCCGAGGGGUGUUCACCAGUAAAGGUGGCGUGUUGGAAUCUCCAGAGACCGGCGUCAGUAUUGUGAUACCAGAGGGAGCCAUAGAUCCCGAUAUUGAACAGGAGAUAUACUUCAAAGUGUGUCGAGAUAACACCAUACUGCCUCCGUUAGACAGAGAAAAAGGAGAAACAUUAUUAUCUCCCCUGGUAAUGUGCGGACCACAUGGAUUGAAGUUCCACCAGCCUGUAGAACUGAGACUACCCCACUGUGCUUCUGUGAAUCCUGAUAGCUGGUCUUUUGCUUUGAAGUCGAGUGAUUCUCCUUCAGGACACCCGACGCAGUGGCAAAAUAUGACGCUGGCAGAAAAAGAGGGAGCUGCGGCACAUAGUCGUGUAAACAAGAACAGUGUGUCCGUGCUUGUAGACCAUUUUUAAACACCGUAUGAUUUUCUCUCCUCGACUUUAUUUUCGGAAAGAAAAUUUUGUUACCGACAAUGCAGCGGUGUUGAAAUUAUUCAAUCCUAAGUAUUAUUAUUAUGAUGAUUUUGAAGUGAUUGAACAAAUUGUCGAUAUACUUGGUGCAAAUACUGAGAGGUAUGAUAAAAUUGGGACAAAAGUGACGCUGCCGACGUUGGUGUUAUCUCGCAUAAUGUGGCGAAAGAUGUAUAUAUUAUGUACAUGUCUCAUUCAUAUCUCGUAAUUUUUCCCCGUAAAAUGUGCCGUAUAUUCUUCAAAUAAUUUGACAUUGGUGCAUAUGACUGGCUGAUAGCAGAUGCUGAAAGCUCAGAGACGGACAGAUGGCAGUGAUUGAUUGAAAAGGCGGA